CAUUCUUGAUUAACUUCAGAGCUGAAAAGUCUAAUUUACAGCCUGCAGUAAUAAAAAAUAACUUCAACAAUAACUUUAGAAGCAAGUAAAGUGAAGAAGAGAUUGAGAUUUAGUAUCUCUUUGUAAAUGUGUAUGUGUUUGGGGAGGGGGGAGUGUUUUUGGUCUAAAAAGUUUGUGGAAGGGGUUGAAAAUAUAUCUUUUGUUUCGAAUAUUGCAUAUUGAAUUUGAGUAUUGAACAUUUGGAAGAAAUAUAUAAAUCUUAUAUUAUUAUUAAUUUUCAAACAGUUGACCCACUGUUAUUAAAGCCGAACCGAGCCGGUCGGUCGGACUAGUAAAACCGUCACUCGACCGCAAAACUGGCUCGGAUGAGCCAUUUAGCCGAAACGGCCUUUUGAAGCGGCUGGAUGCCGGCCGGAACGGUUAACCAGUUGAACCGGUCGAGCCGGUCGCUCGGUUUUCACCACUUCCGGCCGUUAUGAUUUAAUAAAAAAAAAACGUAAUUUGUUGGGCUGGGCUGCAAAGAAAACCCUAGCGACCUAAUUUAAUUCAUCUCCUUCCGUCUCCUUGGCCAACAGAGAGAACAACGGCGACAUCGUCAUCGCUUUCCAGUUGGCGCUCCCGACUGCACCGCUUCUAGUCGGCCCUCCCAUCGGUGGCGUCAUCGCCAUCGCCAUCGCUUCCAGUCGUCAUCAACCGUCCUUAGUAGCUCCUCACCCCGCCCGCCAUCGUCGCCAUCCCCAGUCCCCGUAGGUCGUAGCAGCUCCCCGCCCCGCUCGCCAUCGUCGCCAUUGGCGUGGCUUCCUCCGGGGAGAUCUUGUGGAUUUUGCGGGGACUAAAGGGGAUUUUGGCAAGAGGUAGAUGGUGACCUGAGGUGGCGGAGGAGGGACGACGGUGGGUACAGUUGGUAGAAGAGUGACUGAUGGAGGAGAGGGAGUUGGGAGCGGCGGAGGAGCGAUAAUACCGAAGAAAGAUGUAAGAAGAAGAUUAGUUGGGGCGGCGCUAGAGAUGGGUUAGGGUUUUUAGUGUUAAUUAUAUAUAUAAUGUAAAAUUACUAAUUGGUACCUAAAAAGUAAAUUUGCUUUUAGUCAUUAAAAUUGUGAAUUACUACUUUAUGUGUCUUAUACUUUUGAUAUUAUCAUUUAUAAGGUACCGGUUCUCUAAUGGUUUUUAUCGGUCUAAUACCGGUUGAACCACUAAAGUGCGAGCCAUUCACAUUAACGGUUCAUGCUCCGGCUCGGUUUUGACAACAUUGAGUUGACCAAUAGUUUUAGACCUCUUUCUAAUCUAACAUGAUUGGAUCCAAUAAUCAUAAGAUGAGAUUUAGUUCGAUAUGCUGGUUCAAAAUCAUUUUUUAUGUGUAAUAAGUUUGUACGACAAAUACACGUAAAUAAGUGAAGAUGAACCUUAUUAUGCAUUUUGAUUCUUUUGAUAAAUAAAAUGGUUUAAGCAAUGAACUAACUAUACACUCACUCAAUUGGUUUAACGAUUAUUGUUUUUAUCACUUUUAGUAAUUAGUUUAUUCACAAACUAUCAAACUACUUUGCUCUGCCGAGGAAUAAACGCUCAAAUGUUCGCCUGGUUUCAUGUGCUCUGAUUCACACUAUAGACUGUGAAUGGAGAAUAAAUAUUGCGAACUCAAAAUUCGAGAAGUAAUUGGGAUGUUUCUCGAUUUCUCUCGAUUCUAUUCGGUGGGAAGAAAGAGUAAGGGAAGGGGUAGAGUAAUGAGAUACAAAACUGAGAGAGAGAUGAAAGAACAAAUGAAAAAAGAAAGAGAAGGCAAAAAUAGAGUAAGAGAACACAUUUAAAAGAGGGGGAAAAUGAUGUAGUGUGAAAUAAUUGUCUUUCUCUUUUGCUCAGAGGGUAUUGUUAGUCCUCUUCUGUUGAGUUUUGAUUUAUUUUAGGGGAUGACAUUAUAUUUGAAAGAUUUUUCCCAUUUCAAUAAAUCCUAAAUCAAUAUUAUCAUUUGGAUGAUUUUUUUUCUUAAUAUGAUUAUUUUAUUUUAUGAGAUUUAAUGGGUAUUUGAUAAUGUCAACAUUUUAGUGAUUUUUCUAUAUCGUACCUACCGGUGGUUCGACCAUAAAACUUCACACCAUAGGCUAAAUUGGUAGGUGAUAUUUAGCAAUAUAAAACGGUUGAACCUCGGUUAAAUUAUGACUUUGGUAUAAAAUACUCUACUACCUACUUUUUUAUAAUAUUUUUCAAUAAUUUGGUUCAAAUAAUUCUUUUACACUGGUGGAAAUAAAAAUUUUAAGGCACAUUUUGAACAAUCUAUUGCAAAAAAGCAUAAGUGAGUUAGCGAUAACGAGAAUAUGCGAUCUCAUUCAACCCAAAUGACACUUUGCAACUUAUAUCUUUUUAAAAUAAGUGUAUGCUACUCUUAUCCUCAAUCAUUCAUCAACUUAAUGAGUAACAUAUAUUUAAUAUAAUAUGAUUUUCAUAGGUUUUUUAUUUAUUGAAUUACUUCAUGAAAAAAAUAUUUGCUACAAUGAAAAUUAUUACAUUGUUGCUAGACAUGUUUGUGUUAUGAGAGUAAUUUAGGAAGUCCGUACACAAUACAUUGUUCAACUAACUAUUAGCGAAAACUUAAGAUCAUGUUUUAUAUAUUUCUAAUCAACCAAUUUCAGAUUUAUUACCAACUGUGUGGUAAAAAAGAAUGCUCUCUAUUGGAAAAUUACUUGAAGGACAUACUAAACUCUAUGAGAUAUAUUUUCUUUCAUCCUAAAUAUUGAUUAUGUAUGUAUUAUGAGAAGCAAUUAUAAUAUUCAACUAUAUGAUCUAAUUAAAAACGAAUGACAAUUAGUUUAUUUAUUUCUUUUUUCAUUAAGUAAUUACAUGUAAUGCUUAUACCAUACUUUUUUCUCUUUUCAUAGAGGACUAAACACAUUAUACAUAGUUGGAUCACUUUCAAAAAUAUAAUGUGCAUAACGAACGUACAAACAAUCAUUUCAUGUAUUUUAAAUCAUCUAUUAUAUCCAUUAUUAUAUACCAUAUUUUUUGACAAAAUUCUCCCGGCCAACGGACCGGGUCCUGUGCUAGUAAACAAUGAAAACGAAAAAAAUGUCUAGAGCUGCGAUUGAAAAAGGGAAGGCUAGCAACGCGGAGAGUUAUUUUCUCUCCAAAUCGGAGGGUCACUGUCACGCAAUACAGUAGAUUUUCUCCCCAUGGUUAUGCACCCAUCAAUAACUAAAUCUGGACCCUUCAUUUAGAAAAUCCAGAUCUAAUGAUGGAGAAUUAAAGACCAUUUUUAUUUUCGCUAGCUUUCUUAAUCGGCUCAUAUCUUCUUCAUUUCAACUCGGAUUUUUUUUUGCACAGAUUGAAUGAGUUGGUUGUGCUCUACAAAAUGAGAUCCAUUUUCAAUAUUUUUUGAGAAAAUAAAAAAUCUUGCCUCUCGAUACCAACUGCAUACCAUAUGGUAUUUUCUUCGAUUUUAAUUCGUUUUUGAAAACGUUUGCACAGAAGGAACGAGUACAUCAUGAUCUAUUGGAUCUACAAAUUUCUGGGUGAACAAAUUACAGGACCAAAAAAUACCACACAAUACCAUACAAUACCACCCUGGUACGGGGUGGUAUCUUGUGGUACACAAUGUUAAAAGUCGUAAAUAACAGUUAAUAUACUUCUAUUAUCAUGUAUUCAAUCAUCCUACAGUUUUGGUUUGUUCAUACCACCAUGGUACGCUUUUCAAACCAUAGGUAUGCUCUUAUUUCAAUACCAGUCAAAUACUAUAUGGUAUAGACUUGUAAAAAAUGACUCAAUUUUUUUUGUUCGAAAAAUAUAUCAAAGCGGAUAUCAUUUUGAAGAGCACAAUUAAUCUGAUCUAACUGGGCAAAAAAAAUUAAAAUUUGACUUAAAACGAGUGAGAAAUCGUCCGUCAAAAAUAAAAGAGGGAAAAAUUAAAAUCUUUACAGAAAAGAGAAGAUGCUGUGUGAAUACUGAAUAGAUUACUCAUUGUUACUCACCAUAAAGUUACUGACUUGAUCGGUUCCGGUAUCAAACUCUCUUUACGGCUCUAGUAGGAUGGCAACUCCUCAAUUCCUCUCCUCCUUCAAGUACGGCGACAGCCUGACGGUGGUCGGGAUAUCCCUCUGUACCGCCGUCGUCUGCGAGGCCAUCUCCUGGAUCUUGAUCUACCGACUACCGCACCAGCUCCUACAAGUCCCUCAAAUCCUCCAUCGACGAAGCUUCGAAGAAGCUGGAGACCAUGAAAACCGACACAACCAAGAUCGUGACGAAGAAAUCCAAGUCCAAGAAGAUCAAUCGCGUGGAGACCUCGCUCAAGGAGUCAAGCCGCGACCUAUCCCUCUUCAAGUUCAAAUCGGGAGCCGUUGGGGAUUCCUGACCACUUUUCAAGGGUCAUUGUGGAUUAUGGCUUAAAGUAACCGGAACAAGAUAUGCAAUACAGCCAUGGAAAACUGCAUUCUCUUCUGUUAAGUUUCUCCCUUUCCUUUGUGUUGGCUUACCAUGUUGAUAUGCAUUACUUUAAAUUGUUGCUUGUGGUCUGCAUGUUUAUGAUUGUUCAUACACGCCAUAUUCAUCAAGAUAUGGAAUAGAAUAUGAGAAAAAUG